UGCGCAUACAGUGAGCAUAUAGCGCGUCUCUAAUUUUUGUUAUGCGCAAAUUUUUCAUAAUGGCAGAAGAGGAAGGUGAUAAAAAGUGGACACAUGCAUGGAAAACCCUGCUUAUUGACGUAAGUCUGUCCUAUGAAGAAGACUUUCGGUCAAAACGAAAGAAGCGUUCCGUCCUUUGGGAAAAAGUGCUCCGGGAGAUGAAAGAUGUAGCACCAGAACUUCCAUUUUCGCGCGAUGACGUGACUAGGAAAUUUUUAAACUUCAUGGUCACAUAUAAGCGGAUAAAAAAACGAAACAACACAUCGGGUGAAGCGGCAACGCCUUGGGAAUUCUUUGAGCUGUUUGACAAUGUCUACGGGAGUAGAGUGGAUAUCACAGUACCUGAGGAAAUUUUAGAUUCCCUCUACAAUACCCAACCGCAGACUCAAACGAAUAUAGUUCCGAGCAUGGUGUUAGUAGUGCUACUGGUACCAGUGAGCCUCCUCAAAAAACGAGCGCGGUGUGAAGUACUACAUUUUUUGCGAACAGAAAGUAUAGAAGAUAAAGAAGUUAUGAAGGAGUUUCUAGAAUGUGAAAAAGAGAUGUGUAUAAAGAUUUUGCUGAGCCUGGCUGAGUCGUUAGAGUUCUCUAUAGAAGAGCAGUAA